UUGCCACCAUGGAGACGGAGAGCGAGCAGAACUCAAACUCAGCCAGCGGAAGCUCGGGCUCUGGAGGAAGUAACCGCCCUCAGAUCUCACAGAUGACGCUCUACGAACGGCAGGCAGUGCAGGCUCUCCAGGCCCUGCAGAGGCAGCCCAAUGCAGCCCAGUAUUUCCACCAGUUUAUGCUCCAGCAGCAGCUCAACAGUGCGCAGCUUCACAGCCUGGCUGCCGUUCAGCAGGCCACCAUCGCAGCCAGCCGACAGGCCAGCUCUCCGAACACGAGCACCCCUCAGCAGGCGACCACCACGCAGGCUUCCAUGAACUUGGCCACGACAUCUGCCGCGCAGUUGAUCAGCCGCUCACAAAGCGUCAGCUCACCUAGUGCCACGACCCUCACCCAGUCUGUGCUGCUGGGGAACACCACCUCACCGCCUCUCAACCAGUCCCAAGCGCAGAUGUACCUCCGGCCGCAGCUGGGGAACCUGUUGCAGGUGAACCGGACCUUGGGCCGCAAUGUGCCUCUUACCUCUCAGCUCAUCCUGAUGCCGAACGGGGCUGUGGCUGCUGUGCAGCAGGAGGUGCCGUCCGCUCAUUCUCCCGGGGUCCACGCAGACACGGACCAGGUGCAGAAUUUGGCCGUCCGGAGCCAGCAGACUUCAGCAGCCAACGUCCAGCUCCAGGCUUCUGCUCCAAAGGCAGCUUUGCCCGGGAAUUCCCAGGCUUCGGUUCAACCCCAGGCGACGCACGCUGGUCAGACAUUGACGGUAACCCAGACGUCUUCCGGCAACAUCGGCCAGUCGCUCAAUCUCAGCCAAGGGGCGGCCGGAAGCAACGGCCUCUCCGGGGGGGUGGUGUCUUCCGUGGGCAACCAAGCUCCCACCAGCCUGAGCCAGGCCACGCCGUCUGGCAUGGCGGGCAGCUGCCAGAGGAAAGGGACCGGUGUGGUUCAGCCGUUGCCAGUGGCCUCCGCUGCCCAGGCCGUCACUGUAAGCCAGGGGAGUCAGACGGAAGCGGAGAAUGCGGCGGCAAAGAAGGCCGAAGCCGACGGGACUGGUCCACAAACCGUGGGCAUGAACCUGACCAGGACAGCGACGCCAGCCCCGAGCCAGACCCUCAUCAGUUCUGCCACCUACACCCAGAUCCAGCCCCACUCGCUGAUCCAGCAGCAGCAGCAGAUCCACCUCCAGAAGCAAGUCGUGAUCCAGCAGCAGAUCGCCAUCCACCACCAGCAGCAGUUCCAGCACCGCCAGUCCCAGCUCCUGCACACGGCCACCCACCUCCAGCUGGCCCAGCAGCAGCCCCCGCCUCCCCCGCAGGCCCCGCCCCUGGCCCCGCCGCAGGCCCCGCCCCUCCAAGGCCAGCAGCCGGCCCAGACGCUCGUGGUCCAGCCCAUGCUGCAGUCGCAGCCCCCGCAAAUGCAGCUCCAGCAGCAGCAGCAGGACGGCCCUUGCCAGGCGGCCACCAAGUCCCCCAUCCCCAUCCAGUCCAAGCCGCCCGUUGCCCCCCUCAAAGCCCCCCAGCUGGGCGCCGCCAAGAUGUCGGCCUCCCAGCAGCCCCCGCCUCACAUCCCCGUGCAAGUGGUGGGCAGCCGCCAGCAGGGCUCGGCCCAGGCCCAGGCCUUGGGGCUGCCCCAGGUGAAUGUGGCCGGCCAGCCUUCCCGGGGGAUGCCCGCCGUAGUCCAGCCGGUGUCCCAGGCCCACGCGGCCUCCCUGCUGCCCCAGGGCUCCUCGGCCACCUUUUCUUCCUCCCCUCCUCCCCUUCCCCAAGAAGCUCCUUCCCCGCUUGCCCCCGGAGGAGUCAACGUGGCGCAAGUCCAGGGCACUGCCCAGGUGGUGAAGAGCGUGACUUCCUCGCCCAGCAUGGCUCAGGCACCAGCAGCCGCCUACUACGUUCAGCCCAUUCAGCUGCCUAGCAAGCCCCAGACUCUGGCAGUCAAGCGCAAAGCAGAAUCCGAAGAGGAGAGAGACGAACCCAACGCGCUGCCUUCUCUCCUGCCUGCCAAGUCUUCUCCCGUGGCAGAGAGUCCCAAAGUUACAGAAGAGAAGAGCGGCCUGGGAGGCGAAGGGAACAGAGAGAAAUCAGAGUCCGCCCCCAGUGCCGCCUCAAACGCUCCCGCAAGCGAGCCGGGCUCCGUCGCGCCCUCCUCGACGGCUUCGUCUCUGCUGGGCAUGGUGUCGCGUCAGCUGGGAGACUCCAAGCCUCCGCAAGCCAUCGUCAAGCCGCAGAUCCUCACGCACAUCAUCGAGGGCUUCGUCAUCCAGGAAGGGGCAGAACCGUUCCCGGUGGGUUGUUCUCAGCUCCUGAAAGAGUUUGAAAAGCCUCUUCAGGGAGGGGCUUCCUCCAGACAGACGGAGAGCCAGCCCAGCAACUCCCCAGGAGGAGACAGCAUGACAGCAGAGCAAGACAAGAAAGGGAACCUGCUGAAAUGUGAAUUCUGUGGAAAAUACGGCCCCGCCAAUCAGUUCCGCGGUUCUAAGAGAUUCUGUUCUGUGACGUGUGCCAAGAGGUACAACGUGGGAUGCAGCCACCAGCUUCGUUUGCAAAGGAAGAAGAUGAAGGAGAUCCAGGAAGCCAGCUACGCCCGUCGACGGCGUGGGCCUCGGCGCAGCAGCUCAGAGAUCGCCCGAGCCAAGAUCCAGGGCAAGCGCCACCGGGGCCAAGAGGACUCCAGCCGAGGGUCGGACAACUCCAGCUACGAUGAAGCGCUGUCCCCCACGUCUCCGGGACCCCUCUCCGUCAGAGCGGCUCACGGAGAACGAGACCUGACCAGUUCGAGCAUGAUCCCGCCAGCCGCGGACCUUCACGGCAUCAAUCCGGUCUUCCUCUCCAGCAACCCCAGCCGCUGGAGCGUAGAGGAAGUGUACGAGUUCAUCGCAUCCUUACAAGGCUGCCAGGAGAUUGCAGAGGAGUUUCGCUCCCAGGAGAUUGACGGGCAGGCCCUGCUCCUGCUGAAGGAGGAGCACCUCAUGAGCGCCAUGAACAUCAAGCUGGGUCCCGCCCUCAAGAUCUGUGCCAAGAUCAACAUCCUCAAAGAGACCUAAUGACACGCACCGCGCUCGUUACGAGGCCGUUUCUUCAAGCUCUUGACGCUGGCGGGAAGGAAAGAGACCUCUCUUGUUAGCCUGCAUCAGUGCUAUGGAGUGAGGCCUUGAAACGUCUCCCUUGAAGAACAGCCUUUGCUGCUGGGACAUUCAGUCCCUGGCCUCUGAACUGUCCUGAGGGUAAAUGUGGCGACGAAGAGAGCGUUUCCUUGUCACGGUCUCCGGAGGCUCCCGAGGGCAAGGGACAAGGAAGGGGGCCGUCCGUCUUCUCCGAGCAGAGUUCUCCUCAGAACCAUUAGAUGCCCGGGAAGGGCAUGGCUAAUGCAGGAUGUUGGACAAGCUUUGUCUUAUCGAAGGAGGAAAGUGGGCAGAAGGGGAAGAACACCAAAAACGUUGUCCGCUGCCUUUUCUUUUCUCCCCACAGCUGGAAAUCUCCAGUGCCUGACGUUGGGUGGAAACUAUCCACAGGCCUCCUCCGCACACCUUGGUCAGGGGAGGAAGGGAAACGUUGCAGAUGAAAGAUUGGGGGCUUGCUAGGGCCUGGUAGGAGCCUUGCUCAGAAAACCUGAGCACAUCCGGUGGUGUGGUUAUAAAGGGCGUAUGUGUGUGGGGGACACCCUUUUUAAAAUAAAUAACAAAGGUCGGUAGUACCACAGCUAUCUGCCGGGGUUAGGAUCUACCCUUCGAGAUCCAAAGGAAACACACAAGUUUGCUGAAGCGGCAGCUGUUUUGUCUAACAUUUUGCAUUUUUCUUUUUUUUCCCAUUUUGUAUCUUGUCCUCGCCCCUAAGAGAGCAUAUGAGACAAAACUUCUGCAAGCAGGUUUGUAUCCUCUUAUCAGAGGCCUGUUUUAUUUUUGUUUCACAGAAAUAUUCCCUCAGUAAAAGAAUGCUUCAAAAAAAAAUAAAAAAUAAA